UUAUAAGCGCGCGACCAGCGACUUGAACCGAACUCUGUUUUUUGGUUUGGGUCCGUGCACUUUGCGCGUGCACAAAGAAUAAUUCACGUUUUUACGUAAAAAAAAAAUGCACCGAUUGCAGAACAGGUUUUUUUAGACAAACCGGAUCACAGAAAGAAGAUCCAUCUAAAGUGCAACCGGAUCACCAGCUGGUUAUUUCAGCUCUUUCUGCAUUAUUCACACAGGGAUCUUGAGUGCAUCAAGAAAGGAUCGUAUUUUGUUGUUGGUUUGUGGUCAUGGAAGAGCACAGCAGCGUUCCGGAUUUCAGAGACAUCGAAGUGAAACUGGGACGGAAAGUCCCGGAGAGCUUGGCCCGGUCCAUUACGCAUAGAGUAAAACCAUUAGAGUCCACUAGAUCUCAGAGUCACAGCAGCAGCUCUGAGCUGAAACAACUGGAGAGCAAGAUGCUGUUCCUCAAACAGGAAAUGGCUCAUCUCCGUGCCAUCGACGUCAAACUGAUGCAGCAGCUUCUUUCCAUCAAUGAAGGCAUCGAGUCCAUCCGCUGGGUGAUGGAGGAGAGAGGGGGCAUGGCCAGCCGGGAGAGCAGCUUAAAUGGCAGCCUGUACAGUCUCUCAGACAGCCAGGAUGCAUCUCCUCACGGGAGUUUCAGCAGCCUUCAAGACAGAACGGACGAACUGGACGGAAUUUCAAUUGGCAGUUACCUGGACACUCUAGGGGAGGACUUGGAACAUUCAUCCCCCACUGACCAAUCAAAUAGCUUCCAUGACCAGUCCACCAUCAGGGAUGAGACUUUCAGUAAAUCUCCUCUUCGACCCAGAGUGGACUCUGAUGAGUACUACUGUUUCAGAUAACACUAACAUACACUGCAAAGGAUUAUGGGGCAUCUUAUGGUCCUUAAUCAGUUGGUCAUUUAAAUGAAUGAAUGAAUGAAUGAAUGAAUGAAUGAAUGAAUGAAAGUGUUCAGUCACGAGUAACAGUUAAGGGGGGAGUGUAGUUACUCUAAGCAAAGCGCUAGCUGUUAGCAUUUGCUGCUACUGCUGAUACAGAAAUGUUUCUUCGAUUCUGUUCAGGAGUCACCAGAUUUUAAACGGCUGACCUAAAGUUUCUAAGUGAAUUAGAGAUCCUGCAGUCGAUUAAUACUCUUACUUUUAAAGCACAGCAUUUCCAGGGAAUAAACUUUUGAUACUGUGCACUACAUUCUUAACUAUUCCAAAAGUCGUCUUCUCUUACUGUAUUUCACAAACAAUUGUCUAAAUAUUCAUCAGAGCUUUUCCUUAAAAAUGUGUUUUUGACGUUAGCAUAGAGCACAGAUUACACAAAAAAGGGACAUUUCUUACACAGCAACCAGAUUUUUAUUAACCAUCAAGUACAAAAUGUUAGCAAAUGCUUGAAACUAGCACAAAUUAGCAUAACAUACACAGAAAGGUGAAGUCACUCAAGCUACACAGCUAUGUUAAUGAUAAAUCUUUGCAAAUGGUUUUCAAAAUAGUGUGUAACAUUAACCAGUAGCUAUGUCUGUGUUAUGUUGUUUACGUCACGUUGCUGCACUUUCUGGUCAGUGAAGCUUUGAAAAAAUGUGGAUUUUGAAGUGCAAUUUCUUGCUAUUAUGCCAAACUUUUUAGUGACAAAACUAUUUACUUUUAGCUAAAGACUGAAAUACUUGUCUUUCCAAUGUUCUUACCUAAUCUAUAUUUUAAUUUCUUAUUGAACUGUUGACACUGUUUUUAUAAAGAAGACUUUUGUGACUUUUUUUCUAAUGUGUACUCUAUGAACAGCCCACUGAAGACAUAACAGAGUCACGUGGUUAAUAUUUGAACAUGGACUUAAGUGUGUCUGAGUGCGAGUGCGUUGUGUGCGACUAUACAUUUCCGAUGUACUGUAUAAUAUCAAACGGUUGCUCCUAAUUUAUUGCUGUACUGUUUUUAAUUGCAUUUUGUGGUAAAAAUGUUAUAAUAUAUUGUUAUUGAGA